CCUUGACUCCAGCCUCGUUUCUCUUGAUUAAUCCAUCCCAUCUCCAAGCUGGAGUACAAUGUCGUCCCGCAGCCUGCAGGUGUCUCCCCACGGAGCAGGAGGCGGCAGCGCAGCCCCGUCUCUGGCAUGUGCCUCCAGCUAGCAGAUGUUCGUUCGUUCGUUCGCUCCUUCACUCGCUCCCUCUCCAUGCUCGCGGCCAGCCAGCCAGAGCUCCUCUGAUCCCCCUCCCACCCCCCACCACCUCUUCCUCCUGCCGCUCCUCUUGCCUCUCCUCCUCCUCCCGCACCUCCUCCCCCGAGGCUCCGGCCCCGCACGUCCCAGCCGCUUGGAAGGAAGCCCCUUCUGGACUGGCUCCCUUGCGUCCCUCUCGCUGCCGCCUUGCGAGCGCCCCAAGUUGAGAGGAAGAUGGGGACCUGGCUGCAGCAUUUGCAGAGCCGCUCCAGCAACAGAUUGGAAGAGACGGAGAGUUUCCGCCGAGGGGAAACUGGCUGCUGAAGGGCGCGUGACGAGGCUCCGCGAACUUCUCCUCGCCCACGCCCGCCCGCCCGCGCCCCCCGGCUUGCUCGCCCCCAGCCCCGGCUUCCUUCGGGCUCGCUCGCUCCUUUCCCGGCGAGGAGGGCGGAGAGGCAUGAAGACGAGCCGCCGGUGCCGAGCCCUGCUGGCCGUGUGUCUGAACCUGCUGGCUCUUCUCUUCUCCACCACAGCCUUCCUCACCACGCACUGGUGCCAGGGGACCCAGCGGGUGCCCAAGCCCAACUGUGGCCGAGACAAGAAGACCAACUGUCUCAACUACAGCGGCAACAGCACGGCCAACGACACGGCCGGCUCCCACGGGGUGCACUACAGCUGGGAGACCGGCGACGACCGCUUCCUCUUCAGGUAUUUCCACACCGGCAUCUGGUACUCCUGUGAGGAAAACCUCAGUGGACUUGGUGAAACAUGCCGGAGUUUUAUUGACCUGGCUCCAGCAUCGGAGAAAGGUGUCCUUUGGUUGUCUGUGGUUUCCGAAGUGUUAUACAUCCUUCUCUUGGUUGUCGGAUUCAGUCUCAUGUGUCUGGAGCUCUUCCACUCCAGUAACGUCAUAGACGGGCUCAAGCUCAACGCCUUUGCUGCUGUCUUCACUGUGCUAUCAGGUCUCCUGGGAAUGGUUGCCCAUAUGAUGUACACUCAAGUUUUCCAAGUCACGGUCAGCCUGGGACCUGAAGACUGGAGACCACACUCCUGGGACUACGGCUGGUCUUUCUGCCUGGCCUGGGGUUCUUUCACAUGCUGCAUGGCAGCCUCCGUCACCACAUUGAACUCUUACACAAAGACCGUCAUCGAGUUCCGGCACAAACGUAAAGUAUUUGAGCAGGGAUUCCGGGAGGAACCAACCUUCCUUGACCCAGAGGCCAUCAAAUACUUCCGGGAAAGAAAUGAGAAGGGGGAUGGGACUGAGGAUGAGGACUUCCGACUAGACUGCCACCACAGCCGAUACCCAAAUCGACUGCAGAACACCCACCUCUAAAUGACACAAACUUUCCAAGAAAACUUGGCUCCAUGGCCCCAGCAAUCAUCCCAGUCUCCUUCAUCAGACAGAGCCCCCUGUACACCAUCCCUUUGGGACCCAGCUGAGAGAGCUCUGCAGAGCGGAGCUAAGUGUCAUUAGAAGACUUCUAUAUCACGAGAUCUUUCCCUUUGUCCUCCCACCCUCCACUGCAAGAUGGCAGAAGCCCAGGCCCAGCAGCAUCUGACCACUCCAGCUCAGCCCAUUCAGGAUGCCAUGGAGUAUCCAGUCCCAUCUCCUUGAGUUUUUAACUUGUGCCCGGCCCAGCCAAUCACAGGAUGAGCCCAGGUUCUAGUGCAGACAACCCAAGGCCUUACCUGGCAACCAGCCCAACCAACCAGAGGCCCUGCCUUGGAAACAGAGUGGUCAAUCCCAGGCUUUUUUUUUUUUUUUUUUGAGGGAAACAACCUGACCCAGUUCUGACUGAGAUCUGGGGAAACAUUGGAUCCUGUGACCCCCAAGAGUCAUUUGGAUCCAUGACCUGGCCUCCUGCUCUGUUUUCUCAAAGUGGAGCUCAGCCCCUGAGACCAUCCCUCAGUACGGGGGUGACAGAAAGACUGUGGAACAUGGAGCCCAAAUACAUGGGAUCAAACUCCAGUUCUGCUACUUACUACCUGUGUGACUUUGGGCGAGUCACUUCUUCUCUGGACCUCGGUUUCCUCAUCUAUUAAAUGAGGGGUUUAGAUCAGACCAUCUCUAAGGUCCCUUCCAGUUCCAAAGCCAAUGAGCCUUUUCUCCAUCAGAGCCACACCCCAAUGCUUCUAGUCACAGGGUGAUUUCGUGGAGCAAAAAGCACAAGGCCCAAGGAGACGAGUCCCUCCAGGGACUGUCCCGGGUGAGCCAAGAUGGCCCCUUCUGAAGCAGAGCUGGCUGACACAGAGGCAGAGGAGGCAGGGAAGAGGCUGGUGGCUGAAAGAGGUAGGUGGGAAAGAGAAAGCCCUGACCUGAUUUAUGCCAUGAUUGAUCUGGAAUGAUCACACAGCACAGGGGGACACAGUUCAUCUUCCCAGAGGGAGAUUUCCUGUGGAAUACUUCUGCCUUUCCCACAGUGAUUACUGAAUGAUCUAACCCAAGUUCUCAAAGGGAGAGGGCCCAUAUGCAAUUAUUAAGGCCUUUUCCUCACUGAUAACUCAGUCAGACUUCAGGCAUUGCAGGUCAGAGGAGGAAGAUGGGGUGGGGGGCAGGGAACAGACUGGAGAUGAGCAGUGAUUGAAUUGCUCGUUGUCAGUAACUUUGCUGGCAACUACUCGUAGAACCACGGAAUCCACGAGGCCAUCCCAUAGCCAACCCAUACCUGGACAGGAAUCCCUCUAGUACAUCCCAACAAGUCAUCUUCCCUCCACGUAAAGGCUUCCAUUGGGCCUUUUUUCCGGCUGUUCCCCAUGCCUGGAAUACUCUCUCUCCUCUGUCUUCUUGCUUCCCAGGCUUGCCUUACAUUCCAAGCAAAGUCCCAUCGUUUACCGGAAGUGUUUCCUAACCCUUCUUAAUUCUAUUGUCUUCCCUUUUUGAGUUCAUUUCCUAUUUACUACCCUGUAUACAGUUUGUACUUAUUUUUUGCUUCUCUCUCCCAUUAAAUUGUGAGCUCCUUGAGAGCAGGGACUGUCUUUUGCCUCUUUUUUGUAUUCCCACAGUGCCUGACAUGCAGUAGGCACUUAAUAAAUGUUUAUUGAUUGACUACAUCCCUCAGGCAAAACUAGAAGCAAGAGUGGAAGUUACCUGGGGGUAAAUUUCAGCUCAAGGUGGAAGAGGUUUCUAACAAUUCGAGCUCUCCAAUGGGCUUGGUUUUAGAAGUGAAAGGUACCUUGGAACUAAGAGAAAAAUAGGUGCAGAGAAGAGCAUGGAUUUGCCUGAAGUUCCAUAGGUGGUGAAGAGUGGAGCUAGGAUUAGAACCCAAGCCCUUGGGCUCUAAACGCAGUGUUCUUGCCACCAAGCUCUAUCACUAGAAGGAUCUCACAGAGGAUGGAUGACUGACCACCUGUCAGAGCUGUUAUAACAGGAAUUCCUGCAUUGUACACGUGGAUCAACAAAUGGGAAUAAUAUUCCUCUCAGUGAAUCAUAGGAAUUACCAGGAUGCUUGUCCCUUUGGAUCAGUUCCAGGCCUUGGACCAGGAAGGGGAGGAGGAGAUUCGAGAAGAGAAACAGAGUCUUUAAGAGGAAGCAUUGCACCAGAGAGACCCUGGGACUCUCUUCCUGUUGCUAUCAGAGGUGCUAUAUCCUGAGCAGAACUCCAGGCAAUGAGAACCUCUCCAGCCAGGAAGCACCCACAGUCCUUGCCCCAGCUCUUUUGGGAAUCUCUCCCUCCUGUGGCUCCAUCUGGGGCAGCCGGCCUGUCAUACCAGCUCCUAGCACCGAAGGGACCCCCAGCUGUAAGCCAAGGACUGCAAUAGCCUAAAACUCCUCUCUGGCCUUGGGGCCCAGCUCUGAAGAAAGAGAGACUCUCACACCUGGAAAUGACCCUAGAGAGACCCUGAUCAUCUGCUUUUCCUGUGUGGACCAUGGGGCCCAAUUGUCAUUUUUUUUCUUUUCUAAAAAUAGAGUUCUUUAUCAGCUCCAUUUCAUUUGUAUAUGUUUGAUACUGGUUUUGUAGACACCAGCCCUCAUCCCCUCUAGGGAUUUUAUUUAUGGGGAAUGAUCAUUUUAAAUGGGGGUUUUAUUCCCGGGUAAGCAUUAUUAGAAAGAAGCAAGUAGUUCUUUCAGUCAGUAGAGAACAUCUCUGGCCCCUCCUCCCUCUGUUUCUAAGACCACCAAAUGUUACCAACUCAAUCCUCAGAGGCCUUGAGGAUGCGGGCCAUCCCUACUCUUGGGAAAGCAGAGGCCCACAACCAGAUGGGCUGUUACUCCUCACCCUCACACGACCCAAACCAGUUGAAAAGGCAGAACAGAGUGAGGAUUCCUCUAGGAGGUCUAGUGUUAUGCCUUAGUGUCAAGAGUAUCAGAUUUUAGAGUCAGGGCAUGUGGGGCAGACCCCUAGCUCUGUUACCCUCUUUCUGUGUGACAUUGAGCCUCCAUUUUACAGGCAAAGAAACUGAGGCCCAGAAAAAUGACUUGCCCACAGUCACACAACUAAUCUGUAGAAGAGCCAGGAUGGACCUGGAAGUUGCAGUCUGCCCCAGUGGAGAGAGUACCCAUACCAACCAAGUCCCAGAGAUUUGAAGUUGAAGUAAAUAAUAGCAAUAAAAGGUUGAAAAUAACAACAAUAAAAUUUCAUUAUUCACUUCAAUUUCAAUUGCAUUGUAUAAUAUAAGCAUAAUAUGGCAUAGUCUAAUAUAUAUUGUAAAUAAUAUGGUGGUAUAAUAUCUGUGGUAUUAUCGUUCUAUUAUGUUCUAUUGGUGCAAUGAAAACAUCAGAGGACAUGGGUUCCAAUCCUACUUCUGAUAUUUACUCCCUAUGUGACUUUGGGUAAUUUCACUGGACUUCAAUUUUCUCAUCUGUAAAAUGAUUGGGUUGAACUAGAUACCCUCUGAAGUUCCAUGCAACUUAUAUUAUAUUAUAUCUAUAUCUAUAUUAUAUUAGGCUGUGUGGUAUAGUGGAUAGAGAGCCUGCAUAGGAUUCAGGAAGACCUGGGUUCAAGUUCAGCCUCUGACACAGACUGUAGUGAACCCUGUACAAUUCACUUAACCCUCAGUGCUCUAGGCAAUUCUCUAGGACUGUAAGCUACAGAGAAGUUGCCAACCUGCAUUAGUAGAGUGAGUUUUCUCAUCUAAGAGUGUCCUACAUUGAUGAAAUUCCAGGUCCAGUCCUUUUCCUAUAUUAUAUUAUAUUAUAGUCAAGCUGCAAAACCCCCAAAAAGACAGGCUGAGAUUAUAUUAUAUUAUAGUCGUUGGCACCUAUAUGGCCUCUUACCUCUUCUAACAAUGUUUAUGUUUAGCAUCAUCAUCCUCAUCUUCCACUUAGAUUUUCUUAUUCUUAUUGGCAUCAAUUUCUAGGACCUGAGAUUUUGUCAUUGUGGGUUCCUCCCUCUCCUAAUGCCGACUGAAACUCCUCUGUGCCUUAGUAGAUGAGCUUCCAGAAUUAUUGGGGCUGAAAAAUCCAUCCCCCUUAGGCUAAGUUGGUGAUGAGCCUCCCUGAAUUUAGCCAGGCAUCUCAGUACUUUCCUAGCCCAAGACCAUGCGUGGCUGGCACUGCCUUUGAGAACCCAGAGCUGCCGCCACACUAGCAUGAAACAUGGUGGUUCAUUGAUUGAUUGACUUUAAAGGACUAAUAUUAAUAAUCACCUGAACCCUCUUGGUUCCAUUUUAGUGGAAGAGAAAAUAGCUGGGCACCUAUACACAUCAUCAUGGGAAUGAUCCGUAAACAGGGGGUUGGGGAAUCUCAGUGACGAGGAAUCUUCUGGGAUUCAGGAAGGGCUCCCGAUGGUCUAAGGAGUCCCCAAGGAGUUCCCAGCCAAUCUCAGAACUAAUCAGAAAGUUAAUGAAGCUGCAUGAUGAUUGUGUUCCCUCGAGGAGCCUGACUUUCUCCUCCAAAGGCCUUUGAAGAAUAGGCAGAAGGCAAGUAGAUUGUUGGCACUCUAAUCUGCCCAGACAAGGAAUCGCUUCUGGUUUCCUUUUCUCCAGGCAUACUUCUGUUCCCCUCCCUUCCCCUCCCCUGCAGCUUUCCUCCCAGGCAUACCCAGCUCGGGAUGUUCUCAGUUCUCAGGGGAAAGUGGCAGAGAACACUCCAAGAAAUCAUCCAACAUAAUUAGUAAUAGUCUUGGUUGCUGCUUUAAGCUCAAGAGAAGCCACGAUCUUUCCUGAUUAGGUUGGGGCUGCCUUGGAACCCCAGAGAAGAGAAGCAUGGAAAGCAGUUCUGGCUUUCUGCAGCUGUCACCCUGUGAAGGUCAGCUGUAGCCCUAGGAGACUGGAGAUCACUGUCUUCCUUGGCCAGUCAGUCUGACCUUCCUCUCCCUCCUGUUGUCUUCACAUGAAGCUAGAAGCCUGGGGGUGGGGAUGGGGCCUUAUUGACCCAACAGUAUUCAUAUUCCUUAAAAAAUACAUCGAUACCAUUUGUCUUUACAGUCCCGUUCCUUCAUCAUAUGGCCCCCUCCUCCUCCUCCUCCUCCACCACCCCUUCUCAAUCAACUCAGGCCCCUCUUGCAUCAAUCACCUGCCCUGAUCAGUAACUGCUCAUCCUUUUAUCAGAUGUCAGUACCAGAGUCUGGUCCGAGCCCUUUAUUUUACAGCUAAUACUAAUAAUAGCACCUAUUUCCAUAGUGCCACAAAAAGCUUUCCUCAUAACCACACGGGGAGCAUUAAAUAUUGUUAGCCCCAUUUUACAGAUGAGAAAACUCGGGCCCAGAGAAGUCAAAUGACUUGACCAAGGUCACAUAUGUGGGAAGUGGAAAAUUAGCUCUUGAGACUAGGUCUUCUAAUUCCAUAUCCAGAAAUCUGUGUCCCUACACCCUACUGUCCUCUGAGUAUUAGUCUCACUAAAGUCAAGAAGGUUUAUUAUAUUUUGCUGUUACCGUGAUCAUUUUUUUUACCACAACAACCCUGAAAACCCAUCUAUGAUGUUAGAGAAAGGCCAAUAUCUGUGUGAGUGGAGGGAAUACCUACAAUCUACAAAGAUCUUUGAAAGGACUGAAUUACCCAAGGGGACUCUCCUAGAAAAUUAUCCCAGUUAGAACGAGGUCUAUGAAUUUAAGAGAUGUGAAGAAGAGGACUUGAAUCCUGGAGCCAGGGGAACAGAGCACUGUGCUUAGGACCCCAUCACCCAGUUCCCAGACCCUACAACACUGGAUGUUUUCCACCAAGUCCCUUCUCUUGAAUUCCUUCUUGUUUGCUAGGCCACCAUGUCCCUAACUCUAAGGCACUAAGACUUGCAAUCAUUGACACUUUCCUCACCCUCUUUUGCUACAGUCAACCUUUGAUCCUUCCUUCCAAUGACAUUCCCAUCCAUCCUUUACUCUUAUUAGACCUUCAAAUUAAAGAGGGACCUUAGAACAUCAAAUGUCAGAACUAGAAGGAACUUUAGAGAUAAUCAAAUCCACCUCAUUUUAUGGAGAAGGUAAUUAAAACGAAGUGAAGGGAAGUCACUUGCCCAAGGCUUAGUGAUAGAAUUUAAGCUAGAACCCACAUUUCCUGCCCCCAAACUCUCAUUUCCUGUUCCCAAAGCUCUUGUGAAGUUUCAGAUGACUACAAAUGAGUAGUUAACAAAACUAAUGUUGCCAGAGGGUUUGAAUAUUGACUAUAUUUAAGCUCUACAGGUGAGUAACUUUUGCAAAAAUGAGUUUCCUUUUCAUUUCAACGUUUAUAGAAAUCUAUGUCAGUACAAAUUCUUUACAAAAUAAAUAGAAAAUUUCUAAAAUAAACAAAA